UUGUUUUUAUGGGGAUCUGUUUCUUGUUCUGAAGUUUGGAUGCCUAGUAGUAGACUGGAAUGUUUUGUUGCCCUCUUGAGGGAGUGGGUGAUGGGGAAUAAGUGAUUUUAAGAAAGACUUUAAUCAUGUUUUGUGUAAUUGCUGAGGUUUGUUAAAUUUACUGUCCCUGCCUGGAUAUUCCUUUGAUCUGAUUUAUUUUGAUUAAUGGCUUAGGGCUAGAAUCUAUUGGUCGGAACAGUUUUUUUAACAUUCCAGAUGGGGGCGCUAUAAUGCCAUUCAAUGACUGUUUCCAUCUGCAUUUUAUAGCAGACCUUGAGCAGGAGGGUGUCGGCAUUAUCUCGGCAUGUGACAUUCUCUCUUUCCUUCCUUUGUAUUGGAUGCGAAGGUCUGUGGGUCUGACAGCACUUGCACUCAUUGCAGUGAUUGGGGGGGCUGCCCAGUGUCUGGGGCUCCUGUCCCAGUGUGUCCUGCAGGGAGGGGCAUCUCCUGUGUUUUUCAGCCCCUCCCAGACUCAUUACCAUCUGCUUCAGCUUUCAGGAUUCUGUGCUGUUCGAUUUGUGGGUGGGUGGGGGUUGCAGUAGUUAGUAAUCUGUGUGUAUUAAAAUAAACGCAUUCAUGUGCACAUACAUGGGUGCCUAUUUACACACGUGUGGUGGCACCUAAAGAAUUAAGCGCGAUUCACAAUCUAAGGUAUUGGAGGGUGUAUUGUUUGAUCGAAGUUGUGGUUAAGGCACAAGGGCGCAACGUGUCACCCGCUUCCUUUCAAAAUAACUGGGCAGUGACAGGAAGAGAGCGGUGAGCAACGUAGGGAGAGAUUGGCCCCCGGGGGGGACAGGGGGUGUGUUUGCCAUCACCGCUGAGGCCAGCAGGUCGCAGGGGUUCAGGCUGCCACACCUGCAUAGUGGUGACACAUUCCACGUUAUCCUGUCCAAUCAUGUCAGGCAUGUGUCUCCAUGGCAACACAGCUCCUGUUCUUUUCUUUCCCAUGUGUGGGUGAAGCCACGGACGCCAUGUCUGCGGAACAAGGUUUCCACGGCAACCGGCUGAUCCGCAGCGCUCAGGUGUAGGGGGGGCGGCACUCAUCUGUGGCGCUGGGAAAAUUGUAGCUGGAGAUUGCGGGGGGGGGGGGGGGGUCAGCUCGGUCGUAACGUGUGAAUGCCUGUGUGUGGUCCCUCACGGGACUCCACGUUCCCCUCUAGAACAUUCCAGGGGUCCGGCUCGGUCGGGACCUCAGGGAAGGUGGUGACCUGAAGGUGAGUGUGAAGCAGACCCCCCCCCGGCCCUUGGCACCAUGCCUGCGCUCUCUGCCAGUGUCUGACCACACCCGCUCUGCACACAGCAGAACAAACACAGAAAUCCUGCCUCUCCCCUCCAAGUUCUCACUCACCCUGCGCUUGUUACCUGACAUUGUAUCCUGGAAUCUGCAGUCAACGCCACGGGACUGCUGGUCAUGUGACUGUAGUGGACGGUGCUGCCGGAUCAGUAUGUCGGAUGUGAUUAUUCGUGUAAGCCUGCGUGUGGGAGCUGUCAGGUGUGGACGGGUGGUGUGACCUCCAGCCCAGAACUCACCCCAACGAGGGACUGUGUCUCUGUCAGGCAUCAGACGCUUAUCUGGGUUUGUUUUUCCUUUUGCCAACAACCCAUGUGUCCUUGAAGUGCCUCCGUCGUCUGAUUCGGGGCUAAGUAAGAGAGUCUUAUCAAAGCUGGGGUAGCUGAUAGAAUUGGAUGCUGUGAUUGGUUUGCACUGGUCUGUGACUCCUGCUCUCCCUGGGGUAUUUAAAUGGGCGCAUGCAUCUUUGUCGUGUGAUCGGUGAAAGCUGGUUGAGUCGUAGCCGCACCAGAAAUUGCUUUGCGAACAACGAUAACGGUGUCUUCAGAUGCCAGUUUCUGAGUGGCCACAAGAUCACUCAUCUCAGACUUUGGUGGGGAGUCUGUGAUUUUGGAUUCUCUGGCUGAGAUGGACACCGGUCGGUUCCCAGUGACGGAGCAUGAUGCCGACCGUCCCCCGGGCAGCUCUCAUGGGGCAGGUACCUCAUUUUUGCUCAGCAUUAACCUGUCUGCCCGUCUCUCUUACCCAGUCACCCCCAAGGCGUCUUGCUGCUGCUGCUGGCCCUGGUCUUCCUCUUCAUCGCCAGGAAGUCCUGCUUCCCCCACGUGCGUGGCCUGCCCUGCCUGGAGCUCUACAGCAGGGGGCGGGGCUCCUACAGGAAAGGCAGCAUCCGCCAGGCCCUGGCCUGGGCCCAGGAGGCGGUAACCCAGGAGGCCCUGGCCGCGGGUGCCAGGCUGGGGCCGGGCAGGACGCGGCCGCGGAGGAAACCGCCGCAGACGAGCUGGAGACGCAGGAAGCCAUCCGCACGCGACUCGCCCAGCUGGGCCUCACCGAGGAGCAGAUAGCUGACCGGCUCUCCACCAUCCCGGAGGAGAAGGAGGACGUGGAGAGCCAGCUCCUGUGCCCAGAGGAGGACAUGUCGGGCGCGCACUCCUCCGUGCACAGCUAUGGAGCGGAUGAGGAUCGUAACACAUCUUCGGACAGCGAUGAUGAGAUGGCGAGGCGGUUUGGGGUCACCCGGGCAAGAUCGUGGGGGGCCCAGAGCGGAGCGAGGAGUGCAGCUGGGCAGAGCCAUAGCCCCUCUCACCUGCUGUCAAACCAGGAGGAGGGUAGUUCAGAGCCCUCAGACCAUGAAGUGCAUGAGGAGUGUCUGAUGUGCGGUGCCGAUUCCCAGCUCAGCCUCUCGGCCGUCUCCCAGAGCGACAGUACCUCGUCCACACAGUCCCUGUCCCACGGCGGCGUCCCCGAGCUGCUGAUCGGCCUGGCUUACAGUCCCACCACCGGCCGCCUGUCCGUGGAGCUGGUCAAGGGAAGUCACUUCCGCAACCUGGCCGUCAACCGGCCUCCUGACACCUACGGCAAGCUGACCCUGCUGGAUUCGGCGGGCCAGGAGAUGUCCCGCUGCAAGACCUCCCUUCGCCGGGGGCAGCCGCACCCCGUGUACAAGGAGACCUUCAUCUUCCAGGUGGCGCUCUUUCAGCUGUCCGACGUCACGCUGCUGGUGUCCAUCUACAGCCAACGCAGCAUGAAGCGCAAGGAGAUGGUGGGAUGGGUGUCCCUGGGCCACAGCUCCAGCGGUGAGGAGGAGCGGCUGCACUGGCAGGACAUGCGCGAGUCGCAGGGCGAGCAGGUCUGCCGCUGGCACGUCCUGCUGGAGUCCUAGAGCUCCCCCUGCAGGCUCCCCUUCACACGAUGGAGUGACGGGGCCCCUUGAUGUGAGAAGCAGAUGAACUCUGUACACUAACAUCGCUGCGACUUGGCAGCGGAGACGCUUUCCCCCACCUGCCCAUUUGGACGAGGUCCUGCUGACCUUCCCCCACAUCCGUGCUCCAUUCGGGGGGUGGGGGGGCAUUCAGCUCCCAUCUGCUCCACGCUUAAAGGAAACCGUUCAUUCAUAGCCACAAGAAGACCAUUCAGCUGCAGCCCUAGGACAUGAUGUCGAGCUGUUCGCAUCCAAGCUGGUGUUCGCACUUAGGCUCCUCAGGUCACCCUGCCGACCUUUACCCCUGACCUUUGAACUCUUCGUUUCCUGUUUAUGGACAGUGGAAGAUGCAGUUCUAUGUAUACACUGUAUCAAUGUAUUCUGUGUAUAUAUGUAUCAUUUAGCAUUUCAGUAUUUCACUCUUGUUUUUAACCCUCUGAUACUGAGAGGCUGUAACAGCGGUCAUGCUUUUAGCGAGCCUGUGCUUACGGAUGCUGACGUCGAGGCUCAAUCACAAGUCUCAGCCGCGAUGGGCUAAGCCUCUCAUCACCGAGAGAUCCAUCGACGGUGGCUGUCGGCUUUUACAGGGCUGUGGGUCUGUAGAAAUCUUCUUCCUUCAGUUCCUCUUGACUUCCACUUCAUGUGAGCAGGCAGAGCCUGGAACUGGAAUAAGUAUAAGUGGUUUUAAAGUUUGAUUAUUAUUUUUUUCCGGAUGAUCAUUUGGCAGAUACUGGCUGACCUUAGUGUCCCUGCUGGGUAAAUGGGCUGUUUACUGUGAGACGUGAGACAUUACCACCCUGGUGUAAUAUCAGUCUUGGUUAGGUCACAAAGGGCUCUUUCUUAGAAUCCCCUGUGUUCACAGACUUCAGUCACACAGAGAACGGUGAUGUCUGUAAUAAUUAAAUAAUCACUCCGCAGAAUACUGUCUGUGCUGUCGUACUACAUCUUUCAAGACACAAGACUCACGUGUGCAUGCCUCUCAUCACCCUAGAUAUUUCUAUUUUUGAACCUGAAAUUUUAACAUGUAAAGAUUUUCUAUAGCAUGUCUAUUUUCAAGCUUUAAGGUGGCAAAUGAGAAAUGCCUUUGAAUAAGUAAGUGUGUAAUGAGAUUGACUUUAAUCCACUGAUGCCAGCAUGUACUGUCAAUCACAGUUUUGCUUCAUGUAAGAAUGCAAGUGUGUGUGUGUAACUUCAGUGCCUGUGCUGUGCAUGUGAAUCAGCAAGGCUGGCUGUGUUUUGUAAGUACUGUCAUUCUUUCAAUAAACAGUUCCAAACAACUGAA